AUGAAGUCUUCAGUGUUGCUCCUCUCCGCAGUCGCCUGCAUCGCCACUGCUUCGCCCUCUUUGGCUGCAGGCACUUUGUUUAAGGAACGCUCCUAUGGUGAAAUCGUCGACUUCCUCGAAGAGCUAGAGACCAAGUACCCAAACUACGCCGAAGUCUUCAGUGUCCAGGACAAGUACCAUUUGCCCAAGCCUGCCGAACUGAAUUGCACUCGUGCCAACGAGAUCGUUCCUUGUGAGAACUUCGUCAUCAAGAUCACGGACGAGUCGACGCUGCCCGAUCCGGAGCGCCCCGAGUUGAUCUUCAGUGGGGAAGUGCACGGCAACGAACGCGUGGGUCCCAAUGUCGUCGUCGCCCUGGCGGAGCUGCUGCUCUCUCACGCCAACAGACCCGACGGUAACCCAUGGAUCAAGCACCUCGUGAAGACUCGAACUGUCGUGAUCAUCCCCACCCCCAACGCGUACGGCUACAACCACAACGUCCGUAGAGAGCUAAACGUCGACCCGAACCGAGACUUCCCAUACAACCUCGCCAGUGACGAUAAGUGCAUGGUGACUAUGGCGGCUCGCGCGCUGAACGAGCUAUGGCGUGACCACCUGUUCCAGCUCGGUAUCACUUUCCACGCCGGAACGGAGUGCAUCACGUACGAAUGGGGCGCCAAGAACCACGUCAUGGAGUCCGGUAAAAGCCACAAAAGUCCCGACGAUCGCAGUCAGCAGCAACUCUCUCGUAUCAUGUCUCGGUUCGGAGGCAAAUUUGAAGACAGCGGCGAGUACUACCCGGACGGCACCAUGAACGACGUCGUGUAUCCUGUGGACGGCGGCAUGGAAGAUUGGGGCUACGCGGCGUCUUGGGAGAACGAGUUCACGACGCCAAAGCCCAUCCGAACGUGCAACCCGACGAGUUUCGGGGGAUACCCGCGCGCUAAAACCCAGUACAACAAUGCCACCCACCGCGCGUUCAACGUCCUGAUCGAGACAAGCCACAGUAAGCAGCCGAACGCUUCCAGUUUAGGUGACAGUUCUACGCUCUCGGAUGAGGCCCUAAGUGACUAUUUGCCAGCUUCGGAAAUGGUCGGCCACAUUCCUCGCAACGUUCGUUUGUCGCUGCUGUACAUCGAUCUGGUUCAGCCGUACUUGCUCUGGAAAACGCACCCGCAAAAUGCGACUGUGAAGAAAGCAGCAGCGUUCAAAUGGGAAGUCGCUGGGGCCAUUACGGUGGACAGCACGCAGUUGAAGAUCUGGUCCGACAACCCCGCUAAUGCUACCCUCACGCAAGCUCAGCAGGGUGUCACGCGUUGGUAUCAUAAGGACCUGGGCUUGAAGGCGAAGGAUAACAAGAAGGGUUUAUUCUCCGCUAAUGUGAAGUUCCCGGCUGCGGGUACGUACUACGUCCAGGCCGUCGCCACCGUCGACCAAAACUGGGCCACUCAAGGCACUGGAGAAGAUAUCCCUGUACCCAUGGUGAAGCCGCAGACGCACAUCGUGAACGCUCGCACAAACGACGACUGGUUCUACUCCAACAACGACCAUGUCGUUCGAGGUCAAAAGAUGUGGGCCUCAGAGGUGGCGAAGAUCAUUGUGGUCUAA